CUAAAUAAACUGGUACAAACAAAGAUUGUUUUGAAUCAAGCGAUACCGAGUAUAACCUUUCUUGCCUUUCUUGCGUUAUUUUAAGGAAAAGAAUUGUUAGGAAACUGUAUCAAAUGCAAACACUAAAUAUUUGAGAAAAUGCCACCUAAAAGAUCUAUGGUUAACAAGCCAAAUGUGAAAGAUAACACCCUCAAAGGCAAACAUCCAAAAUCUGGGAACAAUACCAUAUUACCAAAAGACAAUCAGAUGAGCUUGUCUAGUAAAGAAGCGCAAAUGUUUUUACUUCAUAGGGAGAAAUCUCGGCUGGUUUCAAAAAUACAAAAGAUGAAAAAGGAUUUAUUUGAAAUAAGAGCUGCUCUAAAAAAACGAGAAUUCCAAGCCCUGCAGGAACCAGAAAAAAAGGAGCAAAAGUUUCUUGAAUUUUCUAAGAAUGUUGAUGUUUGGUCCAAAUCCUUUGGCAUAGCCAUUGAUCGAGCAGUUUAUACAAAACACAACUCUAGAAAGUGGCGCAUUGAAGCAAGCGGAGCAAGCUUGAGAUUUGAGGUGGACAUAUGCUGUGCAACCAACGAAAUUACUAAAAAGGGUUUUAUAAAAGAACUUUUCAUUGAGACCACUGAACCAUGCAAACAUGAGCUCCAACCAUGGUUUGAUAAAUUUGAAUGCAACAUUCAACAGAUAUUCAAAGUUUUAAAGGUGUAUGAUGAAAUGAAUAGGGAAAGAGAAACUGGGCUCAGAACUUGCAAGGAGGAAUUUGGUUCCAUAAUAACUGUUUAUCAACUGAAACCUUCUGGAGAGACAGUUGUUGAACUAGGGAAUCAGGAUGCUUAUUAUUUUCAGAUCAAAUGGAAACUUACCCCAUCUAUUAAACAUAUUGCAAAAGUGAAGAAUGUUUGUCGCAUUGCAUGUACUGAAGAAGGUGACAAAUUUAUCAAGGCAAGCACUGACCUAUCAAGUAUCAAGAGAAGAUUAGGUGAGUCUCCUAUAGACGUCAUUCAACUAUUGGCCAGGGGUCUCGCCAAACGGGACAAAUCGGAAAAUGUUUGAACACCAAAUAACGCCGAGAACGGGAAGCGCUGGAAAUGAUUUUAGCUUUUGCACCAACAAAGGGUGCUUAUUUCACUGUGACACUGAUGAUCGAUAUGUCGUUAUAUGGCUUGUCUGUUUUGGGAUUUGUUUUUGUAGAACUUAUCUCUUGUACUACUUCCAUUCCCUUCACAACACGUCCAAAUACUGUAUGCUUGUUGUCGAGCCAAGGCUAUAAAAUAAUAAAAAUUAAUUAAAACAUCA